UUAUCAGCAAUGCGUGCUUUUGGAAAUUUUGCGGCGCUGGGGCUGCUGGUUGGUGUAGUGAAUGCGACGCUUCAGAUCAUUCCUGGUGGGACGUGGACUGCUACAAACACGGGCAAGCACAUCCAAGCUCACGGAGGAGGAGUAUUGAAGGUUGGUGGCACAUACUACUGGGUCGGAGAAGACAAAACCGACGGUUCGGCCUUCCAAAACAUCAAUUGCUACUCCAGCAACAACCUGGUCGAGUGGAAAUACGAAGGCGCCCUUCUUUCGCGCACUUCGUCCGGAGACCUAGGUCCGAACCGUGUCAUUGAGCGACCAAAAGUCGUAUUCAACAAAGCCACCAACAAGUAUGUGCUCUACCUGCACAUCGACAGCAGCAACUAUGGCGAGGCCAAAGUCGGAGUUGCCACUGGCGAUACUGUCUGCGGCCAAUUCCAGUACAGAGGCAGCUUCCAGCCUCUGGGCUUCGAAAGCAGAGACCAGGGCCUUUUCGUAGACGAUGACAAUAAAGGAUAUCUUCUCACCGAAGACCGGAAGAACGGUCUCCGCAUCGACUUGCUUUCCGACGACUAUCUCAGCGUCAGGCAAUCGACCUAUCUCUGGAAGGAGUCCAUCGAAUCGCCAGCCAUCGUGAAGAAGAACGGUGUCUACUUUAUGUUCGGGUCCAAGCUGACUGGCUGGGAUCCCAAUGACAAUGUGUAUAGUACCGCAACAAGUAUAUCUGGCCCGUGGAGUGGGUGGAAAACGUUCGCAGAUUCGGGCAGUAAUACGUAUGCUUCUCAAACGACCUUCAUCUUGCCGGUGGGGGACAAUGCAAUGUAUCUGGGAGAUCGAUGGGUGAGCAGCAAUCUGAUGAGGAGCACAUAUAUAUGGUUGCCGUUGCAACUCAGCGGAACGACGGCGUCGAUGAAGAACACAGUGAAUUGGGUGCCAGAUGCAAACUCAGGGUCGAUGACACCCGGUCCCAGCGAAAAUAAAUAUGAAGGCGAGACCGCAGCGCUUUCUAGUGGAGCCAAAACAGUCUCAUGCAGCGGCUGCUCUGGUUCCAAGGCUGCUGGUUACAUUGGCGGUACAAACGCUGGUGUGGUCACUUUCUCCAACGUACAAUCGUCAGCUACAACACGCAGCACAAUCCGCAUCAAGUACCUUAAUGGCGAUAGCUCCCAGCGCUUUGCCUCAGUCAGCGUGAAUGGGGGGCCCGCUCAAACUAUCGCGUUUCUGCCUGUGAGUGGAAAUGAGCCGUCCAGCAGCUCUCUACACGUCGAUCUGAAGGCCGGUGCCAAUACCAUUACAUUUAGCGGGGUGAAUGGCGGGUGGGGGCCUGAUAUUGAUCGAUUGUUUGUGCCGCAAUCGUGA